AUGGCAUCCCGAAGCGUGUUGGUGUCGCUGGCAGGGUUGCUGCUGAUGCUAGCCGUCGUCACCGGUCCGGUUGGGAGCUAUUCACCCUUCAAGAAGGGCACACCACAUGGGUCGUUUACGCGAACAUCACCCGCGAACGGUGGAACACCGCGAGAACGCGAACGAGAACGCGAACGUGAACAGGAGCGACUGGCGACACCGUACGUGGGUCCGCUGGUUGGGCUGGAAGGAAAGCGAUCGGCGAACGAGUUCCUUGAGGACGUUGGCAAGCCCGUCUUCGAUACGGUGUACCACUGGAAGAUGAUCGACUUCAUGUACCCAUCGCUGCAGCUGCGUAACAACGCGAUCCGUACACGUGAGUUCAUUCCCGAGAACAACCUACCGCUCGGUGUCGAUCGCUUCCGGGAUCGUCUUUUCGUGACGACACCUCGUUGGAAUCCAGGUGUACCAGCUACGCUGUCCUAUCUGCCACUACCGGCGCAGGAUCGCAGUCAACCGUUGAUGCCGUACCCAGACUGGAGCUAUCACACGUCACCCCGAAAUCCAGACUGCUCGAAGAUGAUGUCGGUGUACCGCAUCCAGGUGGAUGAGUGCGAUCGACUGUGGGUGUUGGACGCUGGUGUCACCGAUACGCUGACGAACCUCCAGCAAGUCUGCCCGCCCAAGAUCAUGGCGUUUGAUCUACAAAACGACGAGCUGCUGUUCACGUACGUCCUGCCAGCCGAACAGGUGAAGGAGGACUCACUGCACACGAACCUCGUGGUGGAUGUACGCGAGGGUCAGUGUGAUGAUGCGUUCGCGUACGUCGCAGACGUCUGGCGUAACGGCAUAACGGUGUUCGAUCUGCGCAAGUUCAAGAGCUGGCGUACGACGAACCACCUGUACAACCCGAACCCGAUCGCGAGUGACUACAACUAUCAGGAGCUGAACUUCCAGUGGUCGGAUGGUGUGUUCGGGAUGUCACUGGCACCGCUGCACCGUUCCGGUGAUCGCAUGUUGCUGUUCCACCCGAUGUCAAGCUUUAUGGAGUUCCAGGUGCCAGCUUCGGUGUUGCGCAAUGAAACCAUCUGGGAAGGUUUCCCGCUGGCGGCGAAGACGUUCCAGCCCGUUGGUACGCGGGGACGACUCGGUCAGUCUUCAACGUCAGGUGUCGCGAAGAACAACGUGCAGUUCUUCACGCUCGUCCAGCAGGCAGGUGUCGGUUGCUGGGAUCUCGGUAAACCGUACAACCGCAACAACCUCGGGGUGGUCGAAAAGAACGCCCAAAAGCUGACCUUCCCGAACGACCUGAAGCUUGACCACGAACCGCAACAGGCGUUGUGGGUGAUGAGCAACAAGCUGCCCGUGUUCCUGUACGACAAGCUCGACUACACGCAGACCAACUUCCGCGUGUUGAUGGCUGACGCACGGAAGGCGAUCGAGGGCACCGUAUGUGACCCACGGGUGCCACCCAGCUUGGCCUUUGAUGCCGCCCAGCUCGAGUGUGAGCUGGAACUGUAAGGACACUGAUGUCUGGCAUCAAACGUGAGGCAUCGAAACGCGCUUUCCAAACCCCAUUUGGGUUGGGUAACUCGCUGGCCCCUUGGGAGCGUGUGACACGGGUUGCGAAAAGACGCGCGCCUACAAAACCAUUACUCGACACGUCCUGGUCGAACUCCCCGAACCCCCAAAAAUUAUCCUUAUUUAUCCUUCCCGCGGGGCCUCCGAAACUUUCCCAAAACACCGAACGCAAUCCGCACAACGAUCGUACCAUUU